GGGGGAGGCUCUUCGUUUAGAAACGUAUGACGUCAUCACGGAAAAACGAAUCCAAAUUUGCGCGGGGUUUGCUGCCGUAAUGGUCGGCUGUCACUUCGUAGUUGUCGAUUCUGAAAACGGAUUAUAGAGAAAUCUUCCAUUCGGGGAUCAGUCAUGUCUAAACGAGAGGCGUUUUUAGAAGCCGCUGGCAAAGAAAAUGUGGACGACUUCCUUCACUUUAUUGAGCUCCACAGAGCCACAGCUGAGCCCUUUGACGUCGAGGAGGUGGUCCAGGAGAUGCCCAGUCACCAGAGAGAGGCUUUGUGGAGCCGGCUGGACUCUCUCCUUCAGAACAUCCUGAAGGAGUUGCCUCCACAACACUCGGAGGAGCAGGACAUGGAGCAAGACUUAGCUCAAGUGCUAAAACAUGCCAGUUCUGUUGUGGACGCAGUGACACUGGUGGCUGCAGUGUCUGUAAAGACGUUACAGGAAGGAGACACAUAUAAUGAACUGCUAAAAACAGCUCACACUCUUCAUGAACUCCUGGAGUUGCUUCCAGCCUCAGGGGCUCCUCUGCAGCUCCACAUCCAGACUCUGUAUGUGGCCUGGUGGAAGAAGGGCCUGCAGGACAAAGAGAAGUUUGGUCGUGCUGCUUUCCUCAUCUCCCUGCAGAAAAGCUUUACUGCAAAAAAAACAGGGAAUGAAAUCCAGAGAGUGUGGAGCCUCCAUGAUGUGCUUCUGAGUCUGGAUCACACGUCAGAUGACAACCAGCAGAUUAAAGAGCUGCUGCUUCAGUGCUUUCAGCGUCCUGCUUACAUUAGAAGCGAUGAUGGAAAGCGAUUCCUGGUGUUUCUUUUCAGCUGGAACCUGGACUUCAUCUGGGCUAUUCAUGGCACCAUCAAAAACCAGCUGGAGUUUUGUAACAAGAACCUGACCACUCAUAUCACAGAGAUCUACUUCAGAGCAUGGAAGAAGGCCCGUGGGGAUUUCCUGGAGAGGAUUGAAAGCGUGUGCAUACAGGAUUUGAUGCAGAACGCCAUCCUUCUGCACAGAACGUCGCCUGUUUAUGGCAAAGUUCGAGAGAUUGUGAGCUAUUUUCACACGAAGAAGCGGUCUUCCACCGUGGACAAGAUGCUCCAUGACCUCUACAAGCCAAUACUCUGGAAAGCUCUCAAUGCUGCCAAUUUUGAGGUGCGAGCGAAUGCCACCUUUCUUUUCACUGAAGCUUUUCCGGUCCAUGACCCCGAACAAAGCAAAGAGAACAUAGACAUGAGCAUCCAGAAGCAGCUGGACACUGUAAUGGGCUUGCUGGAUGACCCUCACCCAACCGUGCGCUCCAGUGCUACUUUGGGUGUUUGUAAAAUCCUGGCAAAGUACUGGGAGCUCCUCCCUCCAGCGAUCAUCACAGACUUCCUGAAGAAACUGGUGACGGAGCUCGCCGCUGACAGCAGCUCCCCGGACGUCCGGUGCUCCGUAUUUAAGUGUCUGCCUCUAGUACUCGACAAUCAUCUCAGUCAUCCACUUCUGGAAAAACUUCUGCCCACUUCUAAGUACAGCCUCCACGACAACUCGGAAAAAGUUCGCAUAGCUUUCCUCGACAUGCUCAUCAAGGUUAAAGCUGUUCGUGCCGCUAAGUUCUGGGACGUGUGCAGCAUGGACCACCUGAUGGCCCGCCUGGCCAUAGACUCUCAGUCCGUAUCCAAACGGAUCGUGGACUUGCUCUUUAAGUCCUUUUUCCCCGUCAACGAAUCGGAGAAAGAGUGGUGCAGCCGCUGCAUCACCCUCAUCCAGAUGAACCCCAUGGCUGCCAGGAAGUUCUACCAGUUUGCCUACAAACACACCGCUCCCACUAACAUAAUAAAGCUGAUGCUGGUCAUUCGGCGUUCUCUGAACAGCUGCAUUCAGGUCAACAGUGACAUGAUGGACAUCAAUGACAGCAACAAGGAGAACAGCAUAGCUCCCCCUGUUAAUUUAGGUCAGGACAUGGCUCUUGUGGCGGGGCUGCUGGAAGUGGUGGUCAUCCUCUGGAGAAGUGUUGAGAAGGCGCUGAAACACAACGAAGAGGCGUACAAGUACACAUCUGCCAAAUUUGGGAAUGUUAUGUCCAAGUAUUUCCAGGCCUUUGAGGAUGAGCGAGCCACCUCUCCUCUGAUAAAACUGGCGUCAUUUCUGCCUCCAGCUGCAGUUCCAACAUUUAGCUGUGGAGUCCUGUCAAGACUUCGGAAGAUGGACUCAGGAGCUUCUCCGGCUCAGUACAGUCAGCUGCUGGACUGCAUCUGCAGCUGGGGACAGGCUGCUGACAUCCUUGAGCUGAUCACCGACUGGCUCAGUGCGUCUCUUCCCAAGCAAGCGGGCAAGGAGGCUUCCCGCAGAAAGGUUCGUAUUCAAGAAAGUGUGGAGGCCAAACCGGACCUGGCUCUGGCGUACCUGGAGGACCUUUUCAGCCACACGGCAACACGGGAUAAAGUCCUCGCUCUUGGGGAAAAACCUCUGAAGCAGCUCCACACAGUGCUGGGCAACUGGAAGUCGGUGUUGUACAGUCACCUCAGCUCCACCACAGAAAUCCAGGAGUGUCCCAGCGUGGAGACGGCACUGAAAGCGUUCACAUUCCACGGUCGGCUUGGUGCUCAUUUACAACAUAAUCUGACAGAAGGCCGGGACUACCUGCUCUCCCUGGAGCAUGUGGCCGCCUGGGUAGCAGACAGGGUGCUGCCCUUUUUGACUCAACAAACCGGCAGCGAGCAGGAGGAUUCAGACGAGCUGCAGUCGCUGGCUGCACAAAUAAUUGAGAGCUUCUUAACCGUGUGUCGUGAUGUCAUCCUGGUGGAUUUGAGUGAUGAGAAGUUCUACAGUGAAAUCCUCCACCUGUGCUCCAUUGUCCUCCUCUCAGAUGGAGGCUAUCAAUGCAUCCCUGCUGUGCUGCUGAUUUUAAAGGAGGUAGCAAGCAGUAAAGUACCCGAGGAUAAAAACCCAGAUCAGGAAAACGAGGAGGACGCGACUGCUGUCAUUCUGGGUGUGGUGGCCAAUAUUUUCCAGAAGAUAAUCGAGGUUUUGGCAAAGAGGGUUCGAAAGGAUCCAGACGGGGGAAAACAGCUGUGUCUGUCAGCGGUCACUGGUAUGAGAGACUUCCUCCAAGUGGCUCAAACGUGGGACAGAGAACCUCUCAGCGGAGUCCUCUCUACACUAUUUGCUAUCAUCAUCGUGGAGAACAGACGUAUACUCCAAAAGAUUGCUCAUCCUGAGGAAGUGAUCGCCCCUCAGUCGGUGGACGAGAUGCCUCCUUUGUCCAACACGUUGCUGUCGGUCAUUCUAAAGUCUGCCCAGAUUACAAAGUCAUUUCUGACAGAGGUCGGCUCAUCUUUGGACUCCGAGGCCAUUAGCAACCUCACGGAACUGGCUGCCGUCCUGCAUGUUUUAGCAGUUAUCAAGGGCGCCAAAGGUUCUGAAGCUGGGGUGAAAAGUGCAGCAGUUUCCAUCCAGCAGCAGAUCCACAAACACGCCAUCUCUGAUGAAGACGGUGGAGAAAUCCAGAGGGCCAUCUAUGACUCUUCAGUGAAAACGUUGAAUGAGAUCCUGCAUUUAUAACUUCAAUUUGUUGCCAUGGUGAUCAGGAGGAUAUUUUUCAUCAACGUUUUUUCACAUUUAUGUGGUAAUUAGCUGCAAAAAAAGACACAAUAUCGCAUGAACUAGGGAAAAUAAGCAUAUAUUGCUCCAGUUUCCCUAAAUGGACUUUUUAAAAAACAAAUAUUUACAAUAUAUAUUAAAGCUUUUGUUUUUCCUUUUGA